AUGAUCUAUCUAUCUAUCUAUCUAUCUAUCUAUCUAUCUAUCUAUCUAUCUAUGCCAUUCCGUUCAUUAUCUAUCUAUCUAUCUAUCUAUCUAUCUAUCUAUCUAUCUAUGCAAUCAUGUUCAUUAUCUAUUAUCUAUCUAUUUAUUUAUCUAUCUAUCUAUCUAUCUAUCUAUCUAUCUAUCUAUGCCAUUCCGUUCAUUAUCUAUCUAUCUAUCUAUCUAUCUAUCUAUCUAUCUAUCUAUCUAUCUAUCUAUCUAUGCCAUUCCGUUCAUUAUCUAUCUAUCUAUCUAUCUAUCUAUCUAUCUAUCUAUCUAUCUAUCUAUCUAAGUUGGUUCUUAUCUAUCUAUCUCUGUUCUCUGUUCAUAUUUCUGUUGGUACUUAUCUAUCUCUCUAUCUAUCUAUCUAUCUAUCUAUCUAUCUAUGCCAUUCCGUUCAUUAUCUAUCUAUCUAUCUAUCUAUCUAUCUAUACACUGUUUUGUCCUUUCUCUCUCCAAGUGUUUAGGCCGUUCACUCUCCUAAUGUUUAGUCCGUUCACUCGCCUAGUGUUUAGUCUUUUUACACUCCUAGUGUUUAGUCUUUUCUCUCUCCAAGUGUUUAGUUCUUUGACUCUCCUAGUGUUUAGCCCUUGCUCUCUUCAAGUGUUUAGUCCUUUCACUCUCCUAGUGUUUAGUCCUUUCUCUCUUCAAGUGCUUAGUACUUUCUCUCUCCUAAUGUUUAGUCCUUUCUCUCUCUUAGUGUUUAGUCCUUUCACUCUCCUAGUGUUUAGUCCUUUCUCUCUCCUGUGA